AUGAAUGAAAUGGUGAAGAAUGGCCAUCCAAAUGGACAGCUGCAUGAUGAGAAGGAGCAGCGGCUAUCGUCUCUUUGUUACCGGAAGAAAAAAAAAAAUUAUGAGCCAAAUAUUUUACGAAACCAAUCAACGGAAUUGAUUGCAAUUGACGGUCGAUUGAUGCGGCCAAUGGAUGGGCGCCAAUUGUUGUGGUCAAAAGAACAAUGGAUGGCAACCAAUAGUUUCACGGGCGUGGAUUGCGUUGCUUACACGUUGAUAACCAGAAUGUCAUUUUCUAUAAGGAGGUUCACGUCCACGUCAACUUUCACGUAA